AUGAAGUCCAGCUUCCGUCCUGCGGCGGAUUUGGCCCAAAGAGUGGCUCUUACUCAGCUGAACCGGCACGCCACCUCGCCGUUUCUCUUCCGUGUUAACAGGAGAACCGUGCAACAGAUCUCAGAGGUGGGAUUCAACACGUAUGAUAUGGAUCUCCAGUUUGGUGUCAGAGAGAGCGUCUGCCCCGUCGGAAGCGAGAAUUAUCUGGAUAGAUGUGCCACCAUGUGGAACCCUUCUGCGGUGGAGGGGUUGUGCUCCAGUCGAGUGCGUGUCUCUGCACACUAUGCUCUGCUCCUGGAGCUGCGCUGCAUGAUUGACAGCUCCAGCAGCGAAUCCAGCAGCAGUGAGGAGGAGAUGGUCAGGGUGAGGGCACCAAUCGCUGCUCAAGUCCCGGGCAUCGUGCUAUGCAGGGGAGCUGCCAGGAGAGCAAAAGGACUCCGCGGCGGAUCCGCCGCGGAGGUAGCGCGGCUUCCGGAACGGACCCGCGAAACGGACCCGUAUCGGCGUCCACUUGCACUCAGUGACGGAUCCGUUACGGGGGCGGAUCGCGGACCCGGCUGGGCUCCGCGCUACCUCCGCUCCGCAUCCAUCCCGGACCCGCAAAUCCGCCACGGAUCCGCGACGGACUCAUAG